GUUUUACAUAUGAUUUUUUAAAAUUGAAAAUUAAUAUUGGAUGUAUGUGAAUAUUCAAGGAUUCCUAAACAGGCUGCAGAAAAUAGCAGAAAUGGAGACAGAUGAGAAAUCAUGCUGAUUUCUGAAAGCAAUCAUGUGUUGCCAGGAGGCAAUACUUUGAAAUAAGGUUAUACAUAACUUUCUGCAUUUUGUGUUCUUUUAAACUGUGAAACACGCAUUGUGUUUAUAUAGGGCAAAUCUUACUGUGGUUGUUCCUCUUUGUUUCUUUGGGGAUAAUGAUGCUGUUUCUUUAAAAUCAGAGGUCUGGCAGAGAUGUUUUCUGUAGUGCUCUCCUUCUGCAUUGUAUGAUGGUUUAUGCAAAUAAGCUGCCUGAUCAGUCUGCUUGCAGUUAGUUCUUCUGUUGGGUGGCUCACAAAGAAUCCGUAGAUCUAAUUUAGCAUUCAGUUGUUUAAAACGGCAGAUGGAAGGAGAUGCUGGCGAAUUGAGGGUUUGUUAGGAAUCCUCUCCCCAAGCCUAUAGUGGUUACAUGGCAUAUCAGAAUGAUGCUAUUGAAUGAAACUAAGCCGUAUUUGUUUUUCUGUCACUUUAUAAUGGAAUAGUUAGCUUGUGUGACUUCAUGUCAUUUAGCACAGACACUAGCUGAAAUAUGUAAAUCAUCUUAUCACCUUUAAGUACUAGCUAAAAAUAUCUGAUUGAAAUACUCUUUGAUGACAGCCGUGUUUAAAUGAAAUGAUGCUUUUUGAAGAAUUAGUAGCAGGAGGCUCAUGCUUCUCAUCUUCUUGCUACUAUAUUUUUAAAUGGUGUAAUAAUUUAAUGAAAUAGUUUAAUAAGCAUUGGAUUUAUGUUUGCUAUUUGAUUCUUUCUGUUAAAUGCCACAUUGAGGCAUGGAGAAAAGAAAGUCGUCUUUUUUUGUGGCAUGAUUCAAUCAGAAGGUGGAUUGUGCUGCUUUGUAAGAUUACAAAGAUUUUUUUAACUGGUUUAUCUCACAAUAUUUCUUUGUCUAAAAGUUUGCUUCUUGUGGGCCUUGUACAGUGAUGAUGCUCUGUGGAAUUCUUAUUCACUUUGUAUUUUGGCUUGUUUUUUAUUUUAUUCAAAUAUUUUUUCUUCAGAUUUACUUAACUGUUGUUUCUGUAAGUAUACUUUCAUUGUAUUUUAAAAUGGGAUUUGUAAUUACUGUGUAGCAAUACUUUAGAAAUACUGUACUGUGAAGAUAGUCUUUGGGAAGUAAUGGUGUGGGUGGUGGGUGUGGGUGUGGGUGGGAUAAUACAGAGUGGGAGUGGAUCUGUAGAAAUAUGCAUGCCACUUAACCGUGAGAUAUCAAAUAGAAGGGUUUCUUUGGGACAGUUCUGUCAGUGAUAAAUAGCUCUGACAACGAUUGGAUUGUUACGUAUUCAGAACACCAGACAUGUGUUUCAGUCCCUUAGUGUAUAAAAGGAGUAGUUAAUUCUCAGCAUAGAACUAAAAGAAAAAUCAUGACAACUAUAUUCAGGGAAGGAGCUCAGCAUACUUGAGACAGCAGAAACAAAAGAAUAUGCUACUGUAUCUGAAGACUCUGACAUCUGCUUUGUCUGCUCAAAGGAUAAAGAAAUUUUGCAUGUUGAACAUAAUGACAUCUUUUUAUAGAUGUUGGAUUUUAUAUUUGUUUGAACUACUGGAGGACUUUUAAAAUAAGUGGCUUGUGACAUUGCAUUGUCAAGGAAGUCAGUUUUGUGUUUUGGAAGGUUAUUGCAAGAUCCAUGCAGCUGUUCUAAUUUACUGAGCUUGUGUGGCAGAUCAAUUUGACCUGAGAAAGGAGGAAAUAUGAAUUGAUUGCUUAUGACAUUUUGUUUACACUUGCAUUUCUAGGUGUUUAACUUGUACACAAAUGUGUGUGUGAAUGAAAACAUCUGUAUUCUGAAACCAGGAUUUCUAUUUGUCAUGGCUACUUGAAUAUGUUGUGACAAUGUCAAUAAGGAAGCACUUUAAAAUAUAUAACUGAUCACAGGCACUGACAGCUUGUUCUUCAUGAUAGAGGCAGACAAUUUUUGUUAUUUGCAAAGAAGAGAAAGGGGAGGAAUAAUACAAGUGAGAUACAGAAGAACACUGGAAGAUUUUGGUAACAUAGAGUAGCCAAGAACUGGAAAUAUGGAUGAUUCAAGCAUCCUGCGAAGGAGGGGUUUACAGAAGGAACUUAGUCUCCCCAGAAGAGGAAGUUUCUGUCGGACCAGUAAUAGAAAGAGCUUGAUUGUAACUUCCAGCACAUCUCCAACACUUCCACGGCCACAUUCACCACUCCAUGGACAUGCAGGUGGAAGUCCGUUGGACAGUCCUAGAAAUUUCUCCCCAAAUGCGCCUUCUCACUUUUCCUUUGUUCCUGCUCGUAGCCAUGGACACAGGGCAGACAGGACAGAUGGCCGUCGUUGGUCUCUGGCCUCCCUUCCUUCAUCUGGAUAUGGAACAAAUACUCCUAGUUCAACAGUUUCCUCGUCUUGCUCAUCUCAAGAGAAGCUACAUCAACUGCCCUACCAACCAACAGCAGAUGAACUUCACUUCCUGACAAAGCAUUUUAGUACAGAAAGCAUCACUGAUGAGGAAGGACGACAGUCUCCAGCAAUGCGCCCCCGAUCUCGCAGUCUCAGUCCUGGCCGUUCUCCAGUAUCAUUUGAUAGUGAAAUAGUAAUGAUGAACCAUGUUUACAAAGAAAGGUUUCCAAAGGCCACGGCCCAGAUGGAGGAACGGCUGGCAGAGUUUAUUGCAUCCAGUGCACCAGAGAAUGUCCUGCAGCUAGCAGAUGGAGUGCUAAGUUUCAUUCAUCAUCAAGUUAUUGAGUUGGCAAGAGAUUGCCUGGAUAAAUCACGUGAAGGACUCAUUACUUCUCGGUACUUUUACGAAUUGCAGGAAAACCUUGAGAAACUCCUACAGGAUGCUCAUGAACGUUCAGAGAGCUCAGAAGUGGCAUUUGUAACGCAGCUAGUGAAAAAGCUGAUGAUCAUCAUUGCCCGGCCUGCACGAUUGCUGGAAUGUCUGGAAUUUGAUCCCGAAGAGUUCUACCAUCUGCUAGAAGCUGCAGAAGGCCAUGCCAAGGAAGGAGGAGGCAUUAAAUGUGACAUUCCUCGUUAUAUCAUCUGCCAACUGGGCCUCACCAGGGAUCCCCUGGAGGAAAUGGCCCAGUUGAAUAGCUAUGACAGUCCAGAUACUCCAGAGACAGAUGAUUCUGCUGAGGGAAAGAGCCGUGGAGCCACUGCACAAGUCAAGAAAACUCCAUCUGAAGAAGAAUUUGAAACCAUUAAACUAAUUAGCAAUGGGGCAUAUGGUGCAGUGUUCUUAGUGCGCCACAGAACUACACGUGAACGCUUUGCAAUGAAGAAGAUCAAUAAGCAGAACCUUAUUUUGAGGAACCAAAUUCAGCAAGCUUUUGUGGAAAGAGAUAUCUUAACAUUUGCAGAAAAUCCGUUUGUUGUCAGUAUGUUAUGCUCCUUUGAAACCAAGCGGCACUUAUGCAUGGUCAUGGAGUAUGUUGAAGGAGGAGAUUGUGCAACCCUUUUGAAGAAUAUUGGAGCUUUGCCUGUUGAUAUGGCAAGGAUGUAUUUUGCAGAAACUGUUCUGGCACUGGAGUAUCUCCACAAUUAUGGCAUCGUCCACCGUGACCUAAAGCCUGACAAUCUUCUCAUAACUUCAAUGGGACAUAUCAAGCUGACUGAUUUUGGUCUUUCUAAAAUUGGCUUAAUGAGUCUGACAACUAAUCUGUAUGAAGGUCACAUUGAGAAAGAUGCCAGAGAAUUCUUGGAUAAGCAAGUUUGUGGGACUCCAGAAUACAUUGCCCCAGAAGUGAUCUUGCGUCAGGGUUAUGGAAAGCCUGUGGACUGGUGGGCCAUGGGAGUAAUCUUGUAUGAGUUUCUAGUUGGAUGUGUUCCUUUUUUUGGCGACACACCAGAAGAGUUAUUUGGGCAAGUAAUCAGUGAUGAAAUUGCCUGGCCAGAAGGAGAUGAGGCUUUACCACCAGAUGCACAGGACCUCAUUGGCAAACUUCUCCGACAAAACCCCUUGGAAAGACUGGGAACAGGUAGUGCUUUUGAAGUGAAACAGCAUAGGUUCUUCAAGGACUUAGACUGGAAUGGAUUACUUCGGCAAAAAGCAGAAUUUAUUCCACAGUUAGAAUCAGAAGAUGACACAAGCUACUUUGACACUCGUACAGAGAGGUAUCAACAUUUAGAUUCUGAGGAAGAAGAAGACACAAAUGAUGAUGAUCGUGUGGAAAUUAGACAGUUUUCUUCAUGUUCACCAAGGUUUAGCAAGGUAUAUAGCAGUAUGGAGCGUCUUUCAAUCCAUGAAGAAAGAAGAGCACCACCACCCACUAAACGUAGCCUGAGUGAAGAAAAGGAUGACAGAAUAGAUGGUCUUGGUAGCCUUAAGAGUCGUGACCGCGGCUGGGUGAUUGGGUCUCCUGAAAUAUUGCGUAAACAUAUCUCAGUGUCUGAAUCCUCUCAUACAGAGAGUGACUCCAGUCCACCGCUCACUGUCCGUCGUCGUUGUUCUGGGCUUCUCGAUAUGCCUCGCUUUGCUAUUUCAGCAGAGGAAGAAGGGAAAAGGAAAUCAUUGGAUGGGAUAUUGCUGCCAAUUACACAGCCACGGGAGAGCCUUCCUCUUCCAAUUCCAGAGCAACCUGUAGAACAAGAAUUCCAAUUGGAUGAUAGUGAUGGGCCAAAAACACCCUCUUCAACUGCUAGUAACAUAAGCAGUUCAACAUUGACAGCUGGGAGCUAUACAGACUUCUCUGAUCAACGCACUCGCAGUAAUAGUAAUGAAGGCUCAGAAUUUACUACUCCAAAAGCCACAAGUGACUUAGCAGUGCGAAGAGCCCGUCAUAGGUUACUUUCUGGUGAGUCAGGGGAGAAACGGACUUCACGGCCUGUCAAUAAAGUGAUUAAGUCAGCAUCAGCCACUGCCCUCUCCCUUCUAAUUCCCUCAGAACACCAUACCUGUUCUCCGCUCGCCAGUCCAAUGUCACCUCAUUCUCUCUCCUCCAACCCAUCUUCAAGAGAUUCUUCUCCAAGUCGAGAUUUUUCUCCUGCUGUCAUGAACCCUAAACCACCAAUCAUUAUCCACCGUGCUGGGAAGAAAUAUGGCUUCACUCUUCGUGCCAUCAGAGUUUAUAUGGGGAACAGUGAUAUCUACACAGUGCAUCACAUGGUUUGGCAUGUUGAGGAAGGUGGACCGGCUAGUGAGGCAGGUCUUCGAGAAGGAGAUUUGAUCACCCAUGUGAAUGGAGAACCUGUUCAUGGAUUGGUUCAUACUGAAGUGGUGGAGUUGGUCCUGAAGAGUGGGAAUAAAGUAUCUAUAUCUACUACACCUUUUGAGAAUACGUCAAUCAAAGUGGGGCCAGCUCGGAAAGCCAGCUACAAAUCAAAGAUGGCAAGGAGAAACAAGAAAAGUAAAACAAAAGAUGGACAAGAAAGUAAGAAGAAGAGCUCUUUGUUUAGAAAAAUCACCAAGCAGGCAUCUUUGCUUCACACCAGCAGAAGUUUAUCUUCUCUUAACCGUUCUCUGUCAUCUGGAGAAAGUGUUCCUGGUUCACCAACCCACAACCUCUCCCCUCGUUCACCAACUCAGAGCUACCGAUCUACUCCCGAUUCCACACAUUCAGUGGGUGGAAACUCUUCUCAGAGCAGCUCACCUAGUUCCAGUGUUCCCAACUCUCCAGCUAGUUCAGGACAUAUCCGGCCCAGCUCUUUGCAUGGAUUAGCACCAAAACUUCAACGACAAUAUCGAUCACCAAGACGUAAAUCUGCAGGGAACAUUCCACUCUCACCGCUAGCACAUACUCCCUCACCAACUCCACAGUCCACAUCGCCUCAGCGUUCCCCUUCUCCUUUACCUGGGCAUUCAGUUGGCAGUUCAAGCAUCAUGCAGUCUUUCCCUGUAAAAUUGCACUCCUCCCCACCCCUCGUCCGACAAAUGUCAAGGCCCAAGAGUGCCGAACCACCAAGAUCUCCCCUGUUGAAGAGAGUGCAGUCAGCUGAAAAACUAACCUCCUCACUGUCCUCCUCAGAAAAGAAGCUGCCCUCUUCACGUAAGCAUAGUUUGGACAUUUCUCACUCCGAUUUCAAGAAGGAAAUGCUCCAAAGAGAUCCAGGUCUCCAGAGUUGGCAAGAAUCAAUAAAUGAAGCAACCGGAGGGAAAGUUGGGCUUGCAGAAAAGGGGACACUCCAAAAACCUUCUUCCAGAAAACUAGGGGCCAUCCGGCAAGAUCGGGUGGACAGGAGAGAAUCUUUGCAGAAGCAAGAGGCCAUCACAGAAGUAGAUUCUUCUGAAGAUGAAACCGAUGAAGGGUCAGAAGAUAGUCAAGAUGGGAAAAGACUGGACAGGCCACCUUUCAGUAGAGACCAUCACAUUUCUGAUUCUUUCACUGAGGACAUGAAGCUUUCUUCCAAGUUGGAAAGCAAAGAUAGUAUGGAAGAAGAUGCUUUCCUUCCCGAGGAACCAAAACCUAGUAAUUUGCAGAACAGGGCAAACCAAGAGCAACCAAAGGAUAUUACAGGAAUACCACUGCCUGAUAUAGAGAAGUCACAAUCUAAGAUAGCUGUGAGAACUUCACUGAUAGAAAAAUCUGGUAACUGUGAAACAAUUAAGUUAGCAUCAGAAAUUGAAAUAGCAUUGGUGUCUGUAGAAGGCAAUAUAAUUAGUAAUAUCAAAGAUGCUAAAGAUCUUAAAAAACCUGUGGCUAUCCAAGAAAACAUAGAUUGCCCAGAGCAGGUGAAGUGCCUGCCACUGAGAUCCUUGCAGGUUGGUCAAGGUGACUGCUUGAGGCUGGCACAUGACAAAGAUAAAGUGAAGAAAUCUGCUUCUGAGGAAUCCACACACAUGUUAUCCCACAAAUCUAUGCCUUCGUUAGCACUUUCUUCUACUUGCACAAGUAGUACAAGCUCUCUUCCACCACUAAGCCAAAAAGACUGCAAAGAUGCACCUCAGAAACAGGGGCACCAAUAUAUCCAGGAAAAUGUCAGUAUGUGGAACUGGGCAAACAGUGACAGAAUGUCUGCACAAAGAUCGUCUGAUGCUGAAGAACUAGAAGAGAUAUCUUCUAGAGUAGCAACUUCAAAACACAAAUACCAAACAAGGGAUAAAAACCUAAGUUGUUCUACAGAUGGUUCAGCUUGCACGGUUGAAAGUGGAGAAGCCCCUUGGCCAGCUCAUUUAGAAACCAAUGCUAAAAGUAUGCUGGAUCCCAAAAAUCCCAAUAUAUCUGGCUCAAAAGUACUAGAAAAAACAAGAGGGGAGAUCCCUCAGGAGGAACUGUUUUGUAUGAAAAAGAGUGUGUCCGAACAAGGAAUGGAGGAGGCACCGAGAGAAAGAUCAAACCUAGAAACAGCCAAAACAUUCAGCAUUGGGGAUCUCAUUGGGGUAUGUAGUUCUCACCCCAAGUCAGAAAGCAUAAGAAUUUCUUGGAAGUCAGGCUACUCGGAAGGAACAGAAGAAGAGACAAUUCCUGGCAAUUCUAAUGUACCUGAAAUUUUGGCGGCAAAGAGUCAGAUACGUCCACCUGAAGAUCAGGGAGAUGGCAUUGUGGAGCCGAACAUGGGGGUUUCUUCUGGACCAGAUGGCCGCCUGAGUCCUAAAAGGGAGAAAACUCUGAUGUCAGGAGAAACCAGAGAGACUGGAAAUCAGUCACAGACAAAAGACCUCCUAUCAGAAGGUGAUGUUGCAAAGAAAACAUAGCAUUCUGCAUUCAGAAAAAAGACAGCAUUAAUAGAACACAGUUAUAAAUCAGAAAACCUGUACAUCUAUUUUUUGUAAGUUUGUGUUUUCACACUCUUGCCUUUUUCAUUCUUGCAAUUCUAUUUUUGUACACAGUAUUUGCCAUUUGAUGCCUCGUAACAAGGUAUCUUUAAAGAAAAAUUACAGACUGAGUUGCAAAUGUCUCCUCCCCCUUCCCAUUUAAAAAUGCCCUCGUUCUGGAGUGCCCUGUGCAUAGUCUUCACUUUGAGCUUUUUGAGAACAUACAUUUACAAAACAAGGCUCACUUGAGGAAGCUACAUUUUGACCAUCAGUUCCAAAUUUUAGUCAUUGUGAGCCAAAUUUUGGUCACUUCUUUACAUUGGUAAAGGCCUGCCAUAAUACCUUUGGCAAUAUUAUCUUGAAAUAUUUUCUGUCUCUGCACACUUUCUUUUCUCACAUAUCAUAGACUUUUGAAGAAAGCCUUGUAUGUCAUCUUGUGUAAUUGGGGAAAUAUCCCUUUUAAAAAAAUAUGUUAAGUGGAAUAUUAAAGUUUCAGUUUGUGCGUGAUUUUUAAAAAAAUUGCUUUAAAAGAAGCAUGAUGCCCCAUCUUCAACUUUUAUUUAGAAUUUUAAUGCUUGUGGCCUUACCAGCAGCACUUUGCUCAGGGGGCAAGUACCUAAAACAGGUACAGGCUGUAUUGGUUAGUUCUUAGUGAAGUAGCAUCCCAAAUUGCACCACAGAUGUUUCUGAGCAUCUGAAACUAUCCCCGCCCAUCUUGUGGGAGAGCAUACUAGUAGAAGCAAGUAACAGUUGACAAAGAGCUCUGAUUUGAUUUCAUUGGAAGGAAUUAUUUUUACAGAUCUGUCAGGAACGGACUAAGACAGCCCACUGUGUUACUUUUCCAAUUGUAAGCAUACAAUUAACUGGCCCUUCAAUCACAAAUUAAUUAUACAUUUGUUAUAAUUUAGAUUUCUCUGUGCAUCUGAUUUUUCUCUCUCUAAAAUGCUAUUACCUAUUUAACCUUUUGGAAACUCAAACAAAGCUGCCUAGACCAGUUAUACUGCACUGAUAUAUAGACAGAUAAGUAUACAUAUACACGACUAAGCAGUAGAUGAAGCAUUUCAGAUCUAUUCCUUAUUGAAUCUAAUUACAGUGUAUAGGCAAGACAACUACUUGCGCAAAUGUCAUAAUUCUUACGAAUUUAACUUAUAGCUGCUAAAUGUGUGUGGGCAGAGAAAGCAAUCAUUUGCAUUGCCCACAGUUUUCUGUAAACAAGAGGUGAUCACAUGGCAACUAAUAGCUCCCUAGGGCAUAUGCUACAGUUAAUUACAAUACAACUUCAUUACUCGGCCAUGUUUCUGAUAUAAAGCCUUCUGCUGUGCAGUUUCACCUUAGAAAGGCUACUUUUUGACUGGGAAGAUGAUCUUAACUUUAUUGUCAUCACAUUUCAAUGGCCUUUUGUUUAUUUCUUGAACUUCUUGAUUUCCCCCCACUGCCUAACUCUGAAUUCUUUGGUUUCAGUUUUGGACCAACUCAUUUGAUUUGGGAUUAUUUUUUACAUUAACCACUGUGUUUGCUUGCGUGUGUGUGUGUGUAUGUAUGUAUGUGUAUGCGCGCGUGCGUGUGUGUAAUGCGCGCGUGUGUGUGUGUAAUGCUUUUUGUGCGUGCUGUAAAGCUGUAAAAGCAGAUACAUUGGUUUUCUCAAAUUAGGUUCUCAAACUUUCAAGAUUAAUAAUUCUCACAGAUAAAGUACACUAAUCUCCUUAGUUCUGCCCACCAGCAUAGAAGAGUAGAUGCCAUAUGUGUUGGCAUCUAGGUCUGUGUUUGAACCGCCUUUUCUCUCACUUUGCUGCAUUGAACUCCAGGUAAAGUCAGUCAGAUGUGGAUACAUUGACUCAUUUAGAAAAAGGGAAUUGUUUUUCAUAUCAGUUGAUAGCCACUGAAAGUACAUGCUGAUUUAAAGUAAUGUAAAAAUAUUAGAUGUCAUGAUGUACACAGUAUGGAUUUGAGCCCUGUGGAUAAAUGGUGUGGCUUCAAAUAUACCUUGUAGCAUCUAUACACACAUAGAUAGCCAAAGGAAGUGUUUAUCUAGUUUAGCCAAAUAAACCAUAUUGCGACACCUCAUGUAUGUAUUAUAGAUAUGCUACAUAGAUGUUAUCUUUUUGAUAUGUUUACCUAACAGGAAAACUCUGUCAUCAUUAAAGUCUCCAGGAGUGUCCAUCCCUUACCACUUGCUAGAUUCAUUUAACUGUUGGCUUACUUGAGAAAAAUACAUGGCUGGAAAUAGUUCCAUCCAAACCUUAUGUUAAUAAAUGGGAUUUACACAUUGACAUUUAAAUACAAGAGUUCUGACAAUCAUAAUGUUACAGAGGGAAGAAUUUAAGAUAUUAAAAGUACUUGGAACCAUUAAGCCUAACAUAAGGUGGUGUGUAACGGGCCUCCUGAACUCAUAUUGUUAACAUUUUGAGGGGAAACAGUUGUAAUUGUGACUAUUUAUAGUCCAGUUAAGGCAUUCAGUUCAUACAUAAAGUUAGUUCAGACAUCACCACUGUGUUCUGUUUAGGUAAAACACACAUGUAUCCAUCUUUACCGUAUUGCUUUUCCAUUUUUUAUGUUUCAGUUUAUGUAUCUAGAUUUCAUUUAUUUUCUUAAUUCGGCCUUUUAAACUUCUAAGUAUCCAGGUGAUGCAUUCCUCGGCAAUACUACACACCAUUGAAUGGUGCAUCUAAGACCAUCAAACUGAUGUUUAGUGUAAAUAUUAGAUUUUAGCAUUGCUAAAAGUCCGUCCUGAGAGAAACAUGUCCAAAAUGUUACUGUGCUCAUUAUGCUGUAAAAAAGAUACUCAGCAUUGAGCAGGAAAAGGGGAAUGACCUGCAGUUGUUUUUGUUUUUUUUCUACAUUAGCACUGAAUUAAGGUGUGACAUUUUGAUUUGUUUGUUUGUUUGUUUGUUUGUUUUCCUCUGGGGAGGGGUGAAGUCUCUUUCCAGUUUUAUCUUUACUGGACAUGAAGAAUGGUGCCGUAUUUCUAGUAGGUGAUUUUACAGCUGUGUGUGUGCGUGUUUACAAUUGUGUUUUGAUUUUUGUUACUUCAAAGACUGUGAGCACAGCUUUCACACUGUGUUCCAAUUUCAAACUGGUGCCGCUCAGCACCUGGCUAGCAGAAGACAAUGUGGGAUAUAAAUGUUUUUAGAAACUUGAACAAUUGCCACAUAAAGAGAGGUGCAAUAAUUUUUAUUCUUGUUGUACCUGCAUGUUGAUGUUCAAAUACUCUUCUGAAAUACACUUCAUUUUUUACAUAAA